AAUAAAGAUCCGGAUCAGGGAGCCGACUCCUCGCAGUGCAGGGCCGGUGUGUGUGGUUGUGUGUAGUGUGGAGUGUUGGUGUGUGUGGUGUGUUUAGGUGGUUUGUGGUGUGUGUAUGUGUGUGUGUGGAUGCUGCUGGUGGACUCCGAGCUCUUCUCAGGAUAAGAUGUGUUCGGUUCUCCUGCUGUGUGUUGUGUGGAUUAGCGCGGUGUGUUCUGCUCCAGAACCCGGACAGUGGAGCAUUACAGCCGUCAAUACAUCAAGACCUUUGUUAAUAAAAAAGUCCAUGUAUAAGAACACAGACAUCCAGCUGAAAGUCUCAUCCUUUAACUGCCCAGCUGAGGUCUCGUUUAUUAUUCGGUGGUAUUUAAAGUUCUACCCCUGUCACAAUGAGUUCAGUAACAUUGAGGAAAUGUAUGAGAGGACACCACUGAGUAGAGGAGAGGGUUUAGACCCCAAUCCUCUUGCACCAGGAGAGUACAUCGAACACAAGUACAGAACGCUAACCUGCAACAACGCCAUCCAGGUGUUCCCCAUGCUAAACAAAUCCCAAGCAGAACCAAGAACAGUGGAACCACAACAGCAGGAUUUUCAUGAUGCCAAUUACACCAGGUGGCUUACAGCAGAAGUUGCUGCUAAUCCAGAUAAAAAGGAUCACGUCAUCACUAGUACAUGGAGAGACGGACCGUAUCUGCUCGUGGUAUCGAUCACGCCCGACAAAAAGGAUUUCAACUGGAAUUUAACCUUCACUGUGAUAAUGAAAGGAGCACAUGGGUUUAUUUCAGUCACAGAAUGGCCUCUGAUGAUCUUCUACAUGGUGAUGUGCAUCGUGUACAUCCUGUAUGCUUUGCUCUGGUUCAUCUGGGCUGCGUGCUACUGGAAAGACCUGCUGCGGAUCCAGUUCUGGAUAGCUGGUGUGAUCUUUCUGGGCAUGAUCGAGAUGGCGGUCUUCUGUGCAGAGUACGAGAACACGAAUGCUGUUGGCUCAGCAUCUAAAGGCUUGCUGGUUUUUGCUGAGCUUGUGUCAGCUCUGAAGAGAACCCUCGCUCGACUCUUGGUCAUCAUCGUCAGUCUGGGUUAUGGUAUAGUCAAGCCUCGCUUGGGGAUCGUCAUGCACAGAGUCGUGGGGCUUGGUGUUCUCUACUUUGCCUUUGCUGCCAUUGAGGGUAUACUGAGGAUUACUGGGGCUAAAGAUUCUGACCUGGCCUUGCUGGCCAACAUUCCCCUGGCACUGCUUGACUCCUCUCUCUGUUGGUGGAUAUUUGUAAGUCUUGCACAAACCAUAAAAACGUUGAAACUCAGGAGGAACCCAGUGAAGUUGUCGUUGUACAGACACUUCACCAACACCCUCAUCUUCGCUGUAAUCGCCUCGGUCAUUUUCAUGGUGUGGACCACGAAGAAGUUCCGGUUAGCAGACUGUCAGGCUGAUUGGAUGGAGCUGUGGGUAGAUGAUGCCUUCUGGAGGUUUCUGUUCUCCAUCAUUCUGUUAGUGAUCAUGUUUCUCUGGAGACCUUCUGCAAACAACCAAAGAUACGCCUUCACACCUUUAAUCGACGAUUCCGAUGAUGAAGAGAUUGAAGAGUUUUUGGUGUCUGCAAAUAUCGCUGACGGCAUAAAAUUGAGAGCUGCUAAACCUGAGACUAACGGAACAACCAAACCUCCUGCUUCUAGUGCGGAUGAAGAUUUGAAAUGGGUGGAAGAUAACAUUCCUUCCUCGUUAACAGAUGUUGCUCUGCCUGUUCUCCUCGACUCUGAUGAGGAAAUCAUGACCACAAAAUACGAGAUGUCAAAGAUGCAGUGAAAGCACAAAUUCUCAGCCGUCACCGGAGACCAACAGCUCUGCAUCUGCUGCUCCUAAAACCCGAUCUAGAUCUUUAGCAGUGAGACGAGGGUGAACACCAGACAGGAGACGUGGACUGGUGAAGAGAAGAGGAGAUCUGCGUCCAGUCACUGGAGUUCUGCGGCUCAUUAGCCGUGGUCUUGUGUGUAAACCUUUUCUAUCUAAUGUGAAAGAUUUUCUCCUGAAAACAACCACAACAAAAGUACAGAAACUCAUUCACUCAUUUUAUUUUCAUUCCUUUUAACGGACAAGUCACAUUCACACGUUUUAUCAAAUCCAAGCAGAUCAUCUUUAUUUCUCACUGCUAGUGUCGUCCCGUCCCGUCCGCCACCCCCCGAGACCCCCCCGACUUCCUCAUUAAUAUAUUCUUUAUUAUUUAUGUGGUGCUGCGUCAUUUCACUACUGAAACUACAGGGUGGAGCAGAAGAAAGUUAAACAGCGUUCUGACUGAUUCUAAUCCAGAACUUUAUUCUGCAGUCUGUAGCUGUUCAUGCUGAAGCGAGCGAAUCGCAAGAACACGAGGCAGAAUCUCACAUGGAAGAGCGAUAUAUCAUUCAGAUUUCCUCCGCUGCCUGGGGCACUUUUACUUUCUUUAAAAACGGCAUUGUUUUUGUUUUGUAGGGUCUUUUUUUUAUUUGUAAUCACAAGUUUCAGAAACACUAUGAAUGAGCAGUUGGUUGAAUGAUUAAUAAUAAUAAUAAUAAAAAUAAUAAUAAUAAUAAUCCUGAAGGGUUUGUAGAACCACACUUUUCUGCAGUGCACAGAACCGACGGCUCUAAAGUACAGAGGGGUCGAAUCCGCGUCGUCCAGUAGUGCGAUCACUUUCUUUUCUCUGACAAAAUGCUUCUUUUUAUUUAUUUUUUGCAUUAAAGUGAUUUUUUGCCACACGAACGCAGUGGUUUAACUGAUUCUGUGCAACAUUUUGACUUUUUUCUUGAUUGAGACCUCGAGGAUUUUUGUCUUUUUCACUCUGCUGUAGAUCAGAUUUGUCCUUUUCAGAAUCAUUUCAUGUGUUAUGUCUGUUUUCAUUCUGCAUGUUUCCAGUUUAUGAUGGUUUUUGCUUUAAAUGUAAAUAAAGAUUCUUUAUUUAUG